AUGCCAUUUUCCUCCUCUUCCUCGGCCUCUUCCUCUACGCCCGAGGCGUCGACCACCCCGCUCGCAGAUUAUUUUUGGAUAGCCGGCGUGGAUGGAACAGAGGUCCUCGAGACUUAUCGCAAAUUAGGGGAUGAUUACCGAGCCAACUGUGCCACCUCGCCGGGCCCCGCUGUCACGGAUACUAUCGAAGAAGAUGCGGAUGCGGAAGAGGCCCAUGAUCCUCGCCUGGAUAGCCUUUCCCGUCCUAUCUCCAUGGCAGGGAAUCGCAACUCGGUCCAACGGGUAUCCACGCGCUCGGGUGAUGCCGAUGCGAACGAGAACGGCUCCCACAGCAACCGGAGCAGUAUGACGAUCAAAGGCAACCAAUCCCCUCGCGGCUCCUCUUUCCUGGGAGACUUCGACUUUGACAAAGCGCUGUGGAAAUUCGCGUCCGAGAGAGAGUCCUUCUUGUCUGAUCUCAAUGUAAGUGCGGGUGCUAUCACCCCAUCGACGCGCCCGCGGUCUAGGUUACGCACGCAGAAAAUCGUCUCGGAGGAAGGCUCGCAACCGGCAGGUUUGAUUCGUUCUAGUAUUGGCAGCGUCCGACGACACAUGGCUUUUCGAGAUAUGAACAGUAUGAAGCGGCAGCCGUCAAUUGCUCGUCAAGCCUCGAUUAGAACUUCGCGACGCUUGAGCAACUACAAUUCCGUCAUUCCAGUUCCCCAGCCGCUAGAGAUCUCUCCCACCAUGCAUCCGCUGAAGCGACGGUUUGAGCCGGUCUUGCUGGAUCGGUACCCCACACAGGGCAUGUCUGAUGAAUUGAAACUGCGAGGCAACUUCCCCGACUACGUCCCGAUGUUCGCAUUCCCAAAUGAUAUCAAUAUUGUUUCUUCCGAUCAAAGGCCGCGAUCUACAUGGCACGGAUUCGUCAUGACCACCGACAAUGGCUCACGCCUGCAUGCUAUAUGCCUCAUCAUCUGGAUUCCACUCAAUCAGAAAGCUGCGGAUGAGCUGGAGAAGCGCUGCGAGGAAUGGCGGAAAGAGAACAUGACGGAUGAGGAACGAGAGCUUGCCGCGAGCUUGGGCGAGAGACUGGCAAGCGAGCGCGCCAAACUCUCACGACUCCUGGCUCAACUCCCCACGGUCCCGUCAGGAUCAGAAUCACGAGAACAAUUGGAAGACGAGAUUAGUGCGGUUGAGGAGAAGAUUGGUCUGAUGACUGACCUCCUGCGACCGGUGCGGCAUGGUGCGGCAUCGAAGAUUGAAGGGUUGACUGAUGGGGAUACCGGCUUUUGGAUCCCCCGCGCCUACGGCAUUCUUGGUCGAGAAGAGAAUAUGACGAGUUUUUGGAAGGAGUGGCUGAAGGCUGUUGUCGUCCCCAUGACGGAUGGAGGCAUCCAGCGCAUCCCGCCUAGUUCUCCUCGAAUGGGUGUCUGGCAACCCUUGGAACGAUAUGUGAUGAAUUUGUGCACAGAGGCAUUCAGUCCAAACUCGUCCAAAACACAAGUAGAGCUGAACGUUCGAGAGCUGCGUCUUUUCGCCCGCAAAGAGGCUUCCAACGAGUUACCAGGCUCUCGCAACACCGACAUUUACGCGCUGUUUCGCGCCCUCUCAUUAGCCAAUAUCGUGAUUCUCCUUGAAUACGCUCUGACUGAGUCGCGUAUCAUCUUCUUGUCAUCUCAUACCUCAAUGCUUUACUUGGCGACGAAGGCGUUGGUGGAUCUGCUUUUCCCCAUCCCGUGGUCAGGCGUGUUGAUCCCAGUGCUUCCAGCCCGUCUGAUCCAGGCUCUUGAAGCGCCUUGCCCCUAUAUUGUGGGUAUUGAACGGCGUUACGAGAAGGUCGAACUACCAUCUGAUGAUUUCGUUUUGGUAGAUCUCGAUGCCGACCUCAUCGAGAGCACGGUCCAGCCAACCCCACUACCCCGUCAUCAGCGCAGAAAGCUCCUGUCGUUGUUGCAGCUGGCCGCGCCUCAUCAUAGCCGGUGUGGGGUUCCGACCGGACCACCCGCCUAUGCCGUUGAGACAUAUCCAUUCGACGCGUUCAUGUCGGAGAACUCUUCUAUCUUUACUUCGAAAGCCCAGUCCACGCACUUGGCCAAGUACGUUAGCUUGAACUCCAGUGCUUUUGGUCAGAAUUCCGUGACUCCGGGGUCAUACCAGCCAUUGAUCUUCAACGCCUAUCUCCAUGCCCGCUAUGAGCAGGCUGUAUCCAGGGGUUAUUCUUCCAAGGGCUCUGACCGACCGGGCACCGGGUCGACGUACAAGACUUGCUCACCGCCAUCUCCCAGAGAUAGCUCACCUACAUCGGGACAUUUCCCAGCGUCGUCCACCGGUCCGGGGUCGCGAAAUGACUCAGGAAGUACGCUCCAGGCUUCCUUGCGCGAGAAACGCUCCGGUCACUUUGAUGCAGCGUCUCGACGAAGCUCAUCGUUUGGCAUGGAGAUGCGCCCUGGUGUUCCUCGUCGACCAAGCGCUCCCUUCAUUGGUCAUGCGUCGAACUUGUCGGUGACUACUUUGAAUACCGAUUAUAACUCCGGGUCAACUUACGCACCCUCGGUAUAUGCCCAGUCUACGGUUGCUGCAUCCACCAUCGUUCCCACGACUGCGGCACAGCCUGUUCACAAUGCCGAGGGCACAUGUUGGGUAGAAGGACAUUGCUUGCAGGUACAACCCUGGGACGAAAAAGCUGUUUGUGCUAUUUGUGAUGAUCGGGCUGAGGAUGGCAUGUACAAAUGUAGCGCCUGCAAGGUUGUGGUGCACAGCCGGUGCGCUCUUCAAAUAUGCCUAGUGUGUCCAGCAGCGUUUCAUCCUGAACAAGUUCGUGCUGCUUUCGUCAGAUGUUUCGCCAGCUUGUUUUAUACAUACAAGAAGUUCCUACAGCCCGCUUCAGGAGAUAAGAAGAAGGCUGGAUUGAUCUAUAGCUUCAAUAUGGAAGCCUUCAUGAAGAGUUUACCAGGGGAACAUGCAGAAUACAUUGCGGUACUGCAACAAACGCAAGGUUUCAAUGAGUUCAUUGGUGACCGAGAAAGAGCCAAUCCGAAAUCCCGAGAUCCUCGAAUGGCCCUCUUCGAUGAGAUCAUUCUCUCCAAGCGCAAUAGGGGUCGCUCAUCGAUUUUCUCCGGCCGCAGUACGACGGACUUUUUAUCUGACACUUCCAACCACCUUUGGAGGACAGCCAGUGCCACCUCGUUUGCAGGGGGCAGUCGGAGUCAAAACGCUCUUUCGGGAGAUUAUACACGCGUCGUAAUGCGAGGUUGGCCGCCCAUUUCUCCUGCGAGUCGUUCAAAGCUAACAUCUUUAUGCCAUGUGAUAAGCCCCGGCCAAACUUGA